AUGAUUGAAGCAUUGCUGCAAACCCAUCUUCCCACCUCAAUGCUUACGUGCCCAUUACCCAUCCUUCAACCACUGAGAGCAAAAUCACCAUCCAUCAAUGGCUUUCAUCCUACUUUCCAUAAGCGCAACCAAACUCUCAAACUUGAGCCACCCCAUUACUCUGAAUUCUCUUCUCUCUCAACCACCUUUGAGCAGAACAACAAUCCUCUUUAUCACUGGCCUCAGCUCAUUCAGCUCUCAAUUGGGUCCCAAGAUUACAUGCUGGCUCAGGCAACUCACGCCUCUUUAAUCAAAUCUGGUUGUGAUGGUGAACUCUUUGUUGUUAACAAUCUAGUGAAUUUGUACUCAAAAUUCAGCAACAUGGGUGAUGCACAGAAGGUGUUUGACGAAAUGCUUGUGAGGAGCACGGUCACUUGGACUACCCUUAUGAAGGGGUAUUUGAGGAUUAGUGAUGUUGAAUCUGUUUUUGGUGUUGUGCGUGAUAUGUGUGAGCUUGGAGAGAAGUUCAAUGAGCAUACAUGCUCAGUGAUGCUGCAGGCAUGUAAAUCACCAGAGGAUGGUGUUUUCGGCAAGCAGGUUCAUUCUCUUGUUGUGAAAAAUGGGCUUCAGGAGAAUGUUGUUCUGGCCACUUCAUUGGUUUCUAUGUACUCUAAAAGCGGAGACUUGGGGAGUGCAGAGAAAGUUUUCAAUGGCAUAAGUGUUAAAGAUGUGCAGAGCAUAAAUUAUAUGAUCUUGGAAUAUGGCAAUGCUGGCUUAGGAAGUAAAGCCUUUGAGAUCUUUGUGGAUAUGCUAGACUCUGGAUUGAACCCAAGUGAUUACACUAUUACAAAUUUGAUUAGUUCAUGUGAUUCAAGUAUGGGAAUCUAUAUAGGGAAGCAAAUACAUGGGCUUGCCGUAAAGUUAGGCUUUAUGGGCCAAACAUCUAUCGGAAAUGCGUUAAUUACAUUGUACGCACAAGAAGGAAUAGUCAAAGAGGCUGAGAAACUGUUUGUUAAAAUCGACAGGAAGUCUUUGAUUUCUUGGUCUGCACUUCUAUCGGCAUUUGUUAAGAAUGGUUGCGCUAGUAGAGCCCUUGAGCUUUUCAUAAAUAUGCUUGAGGAGGGUGUGCCUCUUGAUUCUGGUUGUCUCGGCACUGUGCUUGAUGGAUGUUCAGUGUGCAAUAAUAUGGAGUUUGGGCUUCAAAUUCAUGGACUUGGAAUGAAGCUUGGCCAUAUCUCAGAUGUAAAUAGCGGUACUGCUUUAAUAGAUUUGUAUGCUAAAUGUGGGACUUUGCACUCUGCACGAACAGUUUUUGACAAGCUCCCAAAAAAAACUAUUGCUUCAUUUAAUGCUAUUCUAGUUGGAUACUUAAAUUCAGAAUUAAGAGAUGAUGAGGAAGAUCCUUUAGUCUUUUUCAACAGAAUGAGAGUCGGUGGUAUGCAACCAGAUUGGAUAACAUUUUCGCGGCUCCUGAGUUUAUCUGCCAACCAAGCUUCCUUAGUAGCAGGGGAGAGUCUUCAUGCUUAUGCUAUUAAGCUGGGACUAGAAGAUGAUACGGCUGUAUGCAAUGCGGCAAUUACCAUGUAUGCUAAAUGUGGCUGUGUGCAGGAUGCUAAUAAAAUAUUCUGUCUAAUGAACCGUGAUUGCGUGACUUGGAAUGCCAUAAUUUCUGCUUAUGCACUUCAUGGUGAUGGAAGCAAAGCACUUUCGCUUUUUGAGAAUAUGAAGGAAGAGGGAUUCGAUCCUGAUGAGAUUACAAUGUUGGCUGUUCUCCAAGCAUGUAGUUACACAGGUUUAUGUAAAAGUGGAUUAAGCUUAUUCAAUGAAAUGGAACACAAGUAUGGGAUCAAGCCUGUGAUUGAGCAUUACUCAUUUAUAGUUGAUCUCUUAGGCCGCGCAGGAAACCUGUCGAAAGCCAUUGAUAUCAUCAAUGAGAGCCCAUUUCCUGAAUCAUCUUUGCUUUGGAGGGCUUUUGUCAAUUCCUGUAAGUUGUGUGGCGAUUUACAACUUGGAAAGUGGGCUUCUGAAAAAUUGCUCGACUUAGCACCCAAUGAGGCUUCCUCUUACAUACUCGUAUCGAAUAUGUAUGCAGAAGGAGGCUUGCCAGAAGAGGCCGCAAAGGUGAGAACGGCUAUGAAUGACUUGAAGUUAAACAAAGAAACUGGUUUGAGCUGGAUUGAGAUAGACAAUGAGGUUCACUAUUUUAUUGCAAAUGACAAAGACCAUCUACAAAGUAGACAAAUUUAUUCUAAUUUGGAGCUGUUAAGAAAUGAAAUGCAUUGGUGCUGUGAAAACAGAAACAAUAUGAUCUCAGGUUUUUUGUGA